CAUUUAAUUCACUCUAUCCUAUCUGCAGGCACUUCGUCCACACCGCCCACCUCUUCCACCACAUCCACUCCAGUCCUUCAACACCACACCUCAGUUAUCCAGUCUACCAAAAGUGUCAUUGGUAGCGGGUCAGCCACAUCUGUGACUACUGAGGAGCUCAAUCAGCGUAAUGCUCAGGAUCUCUGUUCCAACAGUCCUUCAAGUGCGACAAAUGGCACCACUCCUGUCAUUCACCCUCCCCCUUCCUCUACGAUCAUCUUCGUCGUCAUCAUCAUCUAAUUAGUUAGAUGGAAGUAGUGGCAUCAGAAAAAUGUGUGGUGGUAACCCAGCUGCAGUUGAACGUAUGUUAGCAUUUGGAAGAGAAGUUCAACACAUGAGUCAAGUCUUACGAAGAGAAUUGGGCAAAAAUGAUCAUAACAAAAAAAUGCUACAAGAUGCCUUCAGUCUGUUAGCCUAUAAUGACCCUUGGAACAGUCCUGUUGGAUGGCAGUUAGAUCCGCUUCAGCGGGAACCUGUUUGCCAGUCAUUAAAUUCAGCAAUAUUAGAGUCUCAUCAGUUACCUCGACGACCUCCUUUAGAGAUCUGUGUGGCACACACUAAGCAGCUGAUUAAUCUCAUGUCUCGUUCAGGACUUGGGUCGUGUGCCUUUGCCAGCGUAGAAUCUAUUCUUGGCAGCCAACAGUGACACUCCCUCAAUGGGCCCUCCACUUCCUUCUCAGGGGCCUCCAAUCCACUUUGGACCGCAUUCUUAAAAUUUGUUUAAAAUCUGCUUGACUGACUAGAAGUCACAAGCAGUCAGUGAUGUUUUUGAGGGGUAAUCCCUAAUAAGUUAUUAAGAGAUAUAGCUCAAGUGGAUUUUUCCUGAUGAUGAGCUCGUGAUACCUUGGAAUUUGGGACAAUGUAUAUUGCGCUGGUGUCAGGGAAAUGGUUCACUUACAAAUGACUGAAAGUAAUAGAGGUUCAUUAUUAUUGUACAUAAUUUGAGUUGUUCAGUUUGACAAUAGUCUAUCAUGAAGCUCUCUCAGUGUGAUGAGAUAUACCUGUAUGAACAAAGAUAUUUAAAGUGGUUUAUCAUUUCUCAUUACUAGGUGUGAUAAUUUAUGUUGGAAUAUAGAGGGUGAGCUGCUGUUGAUCAUUGACCUAGAAACUGUUGGAUUUGAUGAACAAGGCAAUAGCUAAAGAUCUCUUACUUGAAAAGUGGAAAAUUAUUUUUACUUUUGUGAACAUACAUAUAUUCCACACAUGUUAUGCCAUUGUGUGACAGUAUUGGAUAUUGUAUGGGUAUUUUGAUGAGUAUAUGGUUGAAAGAAGUGCAGCCUUCCUGGUUCUCUUUGUGAAGUUCUCAUAUUUAUUACAUUUCCUUUUUCACUGAAUUUACAUUUUAUCAGAAAGGCAACUAUGGAUAUUUAUGAGCUGUAUUAAGUUCAGAUAUGUUAUGCACCAAAUGGUAUUGUAUGAACUAGUGGUAAGAAAGGCAAGCUGAGGUCACUUUCACAUUAUUAAACACAGUCUGUGGAAUGCUUGUAGAGAAGUAACAUACACUUGUUUAUAGUAUGUGUCAUCUCUUGGAAAGUUGUCCAGAUAAAGUUUGGAAGAAAGUGUUGAAAUUAGCAUUUAGUAUAAAGUUGAUUUUUUUUCUACAUAUACAUUUUUUAAGUAAAUUUAAUUAAAUUAGCAUACCUAAAGAAAUUAUUUUGCCUGCUGUGCAAUAUUUGAAAUGCAAGUUUGGCUUUUAACAUUUACUGUCAGUCGUCAGUUGCAUGCAUAUUCAUAUACAAACAUUCUGUUUCUGUGGAACAUACUUGAUUUAACUAAAAGGCUGUAUUUGGAGGGCAGAUUUAACUUGAAACAAUGUUGUUAUAUUCUUAUGCUUUGCUAGGUAAAGCUAAGAAUGUAAAGCAUUAAGCUGGAGUUUUGGGUCCAUUUUCAGUUUGGUUGCCCAACUUGAGGUAAUGGAUGUAAUAGAUUAGUUAUUGAGUGAACUGGGAAAUGACAUUUGGUGCACUCAGUCCCUCAAUUCUCUAAGUAUGGUCACACUGCUGGUCAAUAUCAUUUACGAAAUUGCUGUGUAAAAAUUGCUAUCACACAUGAAAGAACAACUAAGGAUGAGUAGGAAGUGAGGGACUGGAAUAACUGUAAUGCUCCAUAAAUCAAAAUAGCUUCUUGAAAAGAAAACCUAAAACCAUGACCGAUUCGAAAAACAUGCACCAGGAUACACGAUCGCUUCCUUACAGACAUGCAUAUGCACACGUACACACAAGCAUAGACACGCACACAUGCAAGCAUGCGCGCGCGCACACAUCAACAUGCGCGCGCGCACACA